AUGGCUACAUUGAAUGCAGAUGAUUGUGACUGUGGCUUCGUUGAUUCGAAAGACCCUACACGAAGCAUCUUUGCAAAUCUGUUCGCGGUGAACUUCACGUCCGCCAAAGUUCAGCAACUGGAAGAUCUUUUCAUGCCUGCGAACUACGAUGUGAUCCAAGUCGUCGCGCCUUACACUCGGGACUACUCAGUCGACCAAUUGCAGUAUUCCAGUACUGGACUUGAUCUCACCGUCUCGCCUUCCACCGAUGGCAAAAACAUACCUUGUGCACAGAUCAUUACCAAAGAGAAAGCGUUCUUCUAUGGCUCGUAUCGUGCGCGAAUACGCGUUGCGACCGAGCCUGGGACAGUCGCAGCUUUCUACAUCUACAAAAAUGACAGCUCAGAAAUUGACAUCGAAUAUCUCAGCGCCUGGACAGAGCCGACAUUACUGUACACCGUCAAGCCGCAGGUCUAUUUACCAAGCGGCAACCCCGACGAUAGCACGUACCAGCGGGAACGAUGGUCAGGACUAGACGACGAAUUCCGUGAAGAACCCCAUGAGUGGUCCUGGACAUGGCUUCCUGACAUCGUCUAUUUCGGCAUCGAUGCGAAUUACCUGAAAAAUAUUACAGCCAAUGUGCCCCAAGCACCUGGCCGCAUCGCCCUCAGUCAUUGGUCCAAUGGUGAUCCACACUACUCACUUGGACCCCCGAAACAGAACACCACGAUCACGGUGUCCUUCCUUCAGGCGAUUUACAACGACACGAGUAUGCCUAUCCUUCCUUGUGAGCGCAGCUCAUCUGCAUGUCUCAUUGCCGAUGGCGCAAUUAUGAGCAGCCUUGCCCCCAACAUAACGUCUCAAGGAGGCCCCAGCGUAACGUCUCAAGGAGGUUCUGCGUCCAGUCCACCACCUGUAGUAACUCACAUGAAUGCUGGGUCUCGAACAAGCAAUGGGGCUCUCGGAUGGCUCCUGAUGUGCUACAUUUUUGUCCCGUGGCUGGGGUGGUGGCGCUCAACAUUCGCCUGAGAUACCUUGUGUUGUGCAUUCGGAAUGAUCGGGUUACACAGCGUCUGCCACGAUUGCUACUGUAUUUCGGGUCGGUUGCACGUAAACAGGGCUAAGGAAAGGCUAAAGAUUUAAUGAACGUUCAUCGCAC